AUGGAAGAUUCAGAGGUAGCUAGAUUACAAGACUGGAUGCAAGAGCAUCAUCCUUCAAUCGACUGGUCAGGUAUGGACAUGUCCAUAGCUCCCAUUCCAAAUAAAAAGAAGCAAGUGGGUUUGCUCCAAUUCUCUUUGGAUGGAAGACAGUAUGAACUUCAAUGCUAUAGGUACGUAGAUGACAAUGACAAUGACAAGUUAUUAAGAGCUCCAGGUAAGUUGGGUACAGAUGCGGCAAGGGUCUUUGUUGACAAGAUUUCAGAAAACUGUCCAUUUGAAGUUAGCGAACGCUUGAAAAAUGAAUUGGCAUAUUCGAUUGGUACUAUUUUUAAUAACAAACUUCAAAUAGACAAAUUGAUUGAAGAUCCUGAAAAAUUGGGGAAAAUAUACGCUGAGAUUGGCGUGAUUGAUGAAGUUUUAGAAACCGUUGAACGCUGUAUCGAGGAUCGAGGAGUGCUUGACGAAGAAAUGGAUGGCAGAGUGAGAGAAUAA